AUUCGCACGUGACGUACUGUUGAUAAUCACUUUAGGCAGAAGACGUACGCCGUACGUCAGUCGUCACAUGCGACUAUGUCAGGCAGUUAAUUGACAGAGUUGCUGUAAUCAAAGUGUGCGCGAUGCGAGUGUAUACAUUUAUGAUAGUCCUGGUGGCGCUAGCUACCCACAAUGCGGGUGAUUGCGCGCGGAUCCUCGGUCUUUUCCCUCACACCGGUAAGAGCCACUUCAUGGUCUUCGAACCUCUGCUACGCGCGCUCGCCGGACGCGGUCACCAUGUCACUACCGUCUCCUACUUCCCACUCAAGAGUCCACCAGCAAACUACACGGACGUGGUGCUAGAGGCUGCUGUACAAGAAGGACUGAGUUCUUUGGACUUAUCCAUGUUCGAGAAAUCUAAUCCGCUCAUGAAAGUUCCUCUUUUGAAUACAAUUAUAAAGAACAUAUUCGAAAUAGAAAUGACCGUUCCAUUAGCGUUGGCUACAUGUGAAAGUAUUAUCCGUCAGUCAUCUGUGAUAGAAGCCUUAAAGCAAAAAUACGACGUGCUCAUUGUGGAGAACUUCAACAGUGAUUGCAUGUUAGGACUAACCCAUGUUUUUGGUAUCGAAGCUCCCAUUGUAGGCAUUUCUUCAUCUGCUAUUUUUCCAUGGACGUACGGCAGAUUCGGUUUACCUGAUAAUCCCUCUUAUAUUCCCUUAUUAACUUCACCAUACACAAGUAACAUGACGUUUAUGCAACGACUGGACACGUUUAUUUCCAAAUUAUACGUGAAUGCUUUAUAUCAUAUGAUACAGAAAAGAGAGCGUGAUAUAAUUGAGAAGCACUUCAGUGUAAAGAUCCCAGACUUGGAAGAAAUAGGCAAAAAACAAACGUCAGUGUUGUUGGUGAACACUUUUCACACGCUCAACGGAGUUCGACCCACUUUGCCAGCUAUUAUAGAAGUUGGGGGAAUGCAUCUAGAUCAUUCAAGAAAAGUAUUGCCAUCGUAUAUCGAGAAGUUCCUGAACGAGUCAGAACACGGUGUGGUCCUGUUGAGCUUCGGUUCCCUCCUAAAGACGUCCACCAUUCCCAAGUACAAGGAGGACAUGAUAGUGAACGCGUUGGGUAAGCUGAAGCAGCAGGUCAUCUGGAAGUUCGAGGCGAGCGGGGAGGAAGGCACUCUCACUGGCAACAUCCUCAGAGUCAAGUGGCUGCCUCAGUACGAAUUACUAAAGCACAAGAAGAUAGUAGCGUUCAUAACACAUGGCGGUCUGCUGGGCAUGACGGAGGCAAUCUCUGCCGGUAAACCGAUGGUGGUGGUGCCUUUCUUUGGGGACCAGCCCGCCAACGCCGCGGCAGCCGCUGAAGCCGGCUUCGCUACCACCGUACCCUACAAUGAACUCACUGAAGAAAGACUGACCAAAGCGUUGGAAUUUGCAUUGAGCCCUGAAACUCAAUUGAAUGCGCGUCGCGUAUCGAGCAUUUGGCACGACAGACAAGCAGAGCCUCUAGAAACAGCGGUGUACUGGACUGAGAGAGUUAUACGCUGGGGUCUCCAUGCGCCGCUGCAUUCGCCGGCAAGAGACAUGCCUUUGUACCAAAUCGCCUUAUUAGACGUCAUCGCCACAUUAGCUGUCGCCAUUUCGAUUUUAUUGGCUUUAUCGUGGUAUAUUUUGUCUAAAGUCUUUCGACUUUUUUUUGGCAGCGGAAGUAAAUUGAAAAUGAACUAGCUUUGUAAUAAAAUAAUGG